UUUCUUUACACAUUAUAGAAAGUCCUUUUUUACUGAUCUGUAUAUAAACCCCCCCGCACAUGCAACAACUCCCUUGUAUCCUCAUCCUCAUUUCCCAUCUCUCUCUCUCUCUCUCUCUCUCUCUCUCUGUGUGUACGCAAAGCACGUACAAAUGCAUAUGGCAGAGCUCGACCGCCCAACCAAACCAAGCAAUAAUGUUCCCACCAACACUAGUAGCAGCACAGGCUUAAGCUUGAAACUCUUUGGCUUCAACGUCCCAGAAGAUGAUGAACCUUUGGACUCCUAUUAUAAGAGUACCCCACCGGAUUCGGGUGCUUUUCCUACCUCCGGCGACAGGAAAUACGAGUGUCAGUACUGCUGCCGAGAGUUUACCAACUCCCAAGCCCUCGGCGGCCACCAGAACGCUCACAAGAAAGAGAGACAACAGCUCAAGCGUGCCCAGUUGCAAGCCUCGCGAAACGCAGCCGUAUCGUACGUCCGGAACCCGAUCAUAUCAGCCUUUGCGCCGCCACCGCACCUCUUGGCCCCACCUGGGACCGUCGUGGUCCCGGCUGGAGCUGCGGCGGGGGCUCACCCAUCUUGGUUCUACGUGCCACGCCCGGCGCCGCCGUUCCACGUCUCGCACGGGAGCAUGUUCACAACGAGUACUGGUAGUAGUAGUAGUAGGGCGGCCGGCCCGACCAGUAGUACCCGAGGGAGAGGUGCAGGGAUGUUGUUGUGCGCUGGUGCCGUAGGGGAUUCGUCGUCAUUCAAGAUGGGCUUGCAGGUGGAACAGGCCCGAGGCCAUGGGAGUCCUGAUGGGCCGUUAUUGAGUAGGUUCUCCAAAGUGGAUGGUGGGCCCACUUUUGACCACGUAAUGGACUUGGACUUGCAUCUUAGCCUUGCCCCGGCUGCAUCGUGAUCUCGACUCGAUUUUAAUUAGAUAGUCAAGAGUCAACAAACCGUUUAAAAGCUGGCUUAAGGGGUCGCUUCAUUCAUCUCAGCCAUGGUUAUCUGAUCUCCCCAAGCCAGAUAUUGUAUAUUUUCCCUAUUUAUUUAUUUAAUUUUUUUUUUUUUUUUAAAAAAAAGAAAGUGAUUUGGAGUGUGAGAGCUUUGAAUUUUUGCACUUUUUUGUUCUAUAAAUUAAAGAUGUCAUUUGCUUUAGAGAGUUUGGGACAUUUGAACAAUUUCUUGUUCAUU